GUUAGUAAGAGAAGUAAACAACAAGGAGGCAGUGAGAAUCGGUCAGUGUGCAACUAAUUGUACAGCCGGGUAAGAGAGAAACCAAAAGUCAGACAGAGAGAGAGAGAGAGAGAGUGACAGAGAGAAAGUGACCAAGAGAUGUAAAGGUACCCCACAGCCACCACCGCCACCACCACCACCACCACCACCACCAUCAUGAGUGUGCAGGAUACCAAGGUGCCCCUGACAGCCCCGCAGAAGGUGCCCCCUCAUGUGGCCAUGUACCACAGUGCCCCAGGAGAGAAGGGGGUGGGGGGAGGGAAGACCUUCCAGUUUGAGGCCUUGCUCCCCUCUCUCCCCCUCCCCCCUCUGCAGGAGACCCUGGAUCUGUAUCUGGACUCAGUAGGGCCACACCUGUCGCCAGAGGAGCUGCAGGUAACAAGGGCAGUGGUGGACAAGUUUGCAGCAGGUAUAGGACCACAUCUGCACAGGAGGCUGCAGGAGAGGCAGGCACUGAAGAGAAACUGGCUGGAGGACUGGUGGAUGCAUGCAGCCUACCUCACCUUCAGGGAACCCUUACUGCCUUGCAUGAACACCGCAGGGCCCCAUCCUCUUACCAUGACAAACUGGAAGCCUUCAACGGACACUGCAUUUCAGCAUGGCGCCCUGUACCUGUGGGCUGUGCUACAUUUCUAUCAGUUGCUGCGAGAAGAACGUUUCAAGCCACAUGCAACUAGAGAGGGCCAGCCACUCAGCAUGGAACAGUUUCGCUGGAUGUUCAACUGCACACGCAUCCCUGGCCAGUGUGUGGACAGCCUGCACCAUUGCUGGAGGACUAAGGAGGAGGGGCAGUGUCCUCAGCAUUUGGUGGUGCUCUGCAAAGGUCAUAUCUGGUGCCUUGACCCCUGGGAUGCAAAAGGUGACCCCCUCACACCCCCUGAGCUGGAGGUGCAAAUAAGGCAAGUGUGGGACAGCUGCGAGGCGAUGGGGCCGGGCGCAGGUGUGGCGGCCCUCACCUGUGAUAAACGGGAGCUGUGGGCGCAGAAUCGAGACUGGCUGAAAUCACUGAGUCUGGAAAAUAUGAAGAAUUUGGACAUCAUUGAAUCAGCAGCUUUUGUCUUUGUGUUGGACGAAAGCUGCCCUUCUAACAGUGAGGAGGUGGUGUGGGAGGGGUUGUGCGGUGACACCACCAAUCGCUGGGCAGGACAAGUCCAUGUCAGCCAUCUUGACUCGCAACGGCUACAUCAUCUCCAACAAUGACCACACCCCUUACGAUGCGAUGGUGACGGUGGUUGCAACCCAUUACCAGCUGCUACUCCUGGAACACAUGGGGGAGGAAUGGAAUGGGGUGGAGGGUGUGCGGGCUGGCCUACCCCCCACCUCGCCUUCUCAAGAUUGAUGUCGAUGGAAAGCUGACGGAGGCGAUCGCUACAGCCAAGGAAACUGGCAGGGCCUAUACCAGCAACAUCAGCACCCAUCCUUUCAUUUUUUCUGAUUUUGGCCGAGAAUCGCUGCGCCCUCGUCGUUUACACCCAGACUCCUUCGUCCAGAUGGCCCUGCAGCUGGCUUACCUCAGGCUCCACGGCAGGCCAGGCCCCACCUACGAGACAGCCAGUACUCGCCAGUUCUACCAUGGACGGACAGAAACUAUCCGAUCUUGUACUUCAGAGGCCAUCAGCUGGGCCAGGGCCAUGCUAGACUCCGCAGCCUCUACAAGUGAGAGGAGGGAGAAGCUGAUGAAGGCCAUUAAGAGACACAACCAGCUGAGGGAGAGGUGUGAGGCCAACCAAGGAGUGGACAGGCACCUCUUGGGUCUUUACCUGGUUGCGAUGGAGGAAGGAGAGGAAGUGCCAGAAAUAUUCACUGACCCAGCCUUCUGUAGGAGUGGGGGAGGAGGUAACUUCGCCCUCUCUACAAGCAUCGUUGGCUACACUGACUCGUAUGGAGGGGUGGCAGCCAUGACACCUGAUGGAUACGGGUGUUUCUACUCCAUUCAGCAGGACAGGAUUUCCUUCAUCGUGACGUCCUUCGUGGCUUCACAGGAGUCUAACGGCCGGGCCUUCACCGCGGCUGUCACUCAGUCACUUAGAGAGAUGUGGGAGCUGGUUGCAACGCUUCGGUCCUCCCUCUAGUGCAACACACCCUCUGCUUGUUAUUUCCUGGUUUCAUUGUCUUGUCUUGAAGGUUUUUGUGUUUUUUUUAUUGUUUUUGUCAUAUGUUUUAAGGCUUUCGUAAUUGUUUUCCUGUUUCUCUCUCUCUCUCUCUCUCUCUCUCUCUCUCUCUCUCUCUCUCUCUCUCUCUCUCUCUCUCUCUCUCUCUCUCUCUCUCUCUCUCUCUAGUCCCCCCACGCCCUGCUUCUCCCUGUCUGGUAGUCACCUUUUUGUUUCAGUCUUGCCUCGAAGAUUACCCUGUUUGUUUUCCUGUUUUGUCACAUUUCAAGGUUUCUGUUCUUGUUUUUCCUUGUUUUUAGGCUCUCCAGGUCUUCAUAUCCUCUUUUUUUAAUGAUUCUGUUAUCUAUUUUCUCGUUCUGUCCUGUGGUUUCCAAGUUUCUGUUGCUCUAACGUAAAACAAACAAGAGGCGAAGCGCAAUGGGAGUGUCAGAUUACAAGACUUCUGGUCGGUACUGUACAGCUUUGGCCACCUCAAGUCGCUAAACAUAGCAAGUCGCUAAGCAGUGGCAGUGAGCCUCAGGGUACGAGACUUCCGGCCGUGAUUAUCUCUGGCCACUGUGAGUCACCCUGGGGCUCUGUCAGGCUACAAGUCAUGUAUGCUAUGGUUGUGUUUUAGAAUACAUUGUUGUUUUUAUUAUUUCGUCUUAUAUUAUUAUUAUUAUUAUUAUUAUUAUUAUUAUUAUUAUUAUUAUUAUUAUUAUUAUUUAUAUAUUAUGUACUUUCUUUUCUUCAUUGGCAUCAUAUCUGUCCAUUUUCAUUAAGUCCUCUAUAUCUUCCUUCGUUCCUUCUACACUUCUCUUCCUCCACUUAAGAAUUCAUAGAAACGUAAUAUUUAAAUUAUCUUACUAUGGUAUAUUUAUGGGUUCCACAAGUUAUUAUUAUUAUUAUUAUUAUUGUUAUUAUUAUUAUUAUUAUUAUUAUUAUUAUAAUUAUUAUUAUUAUUAUUAUUAUUAUUAUUAUUAUUAUUAUUAUUAUUAUUAUUAUUGUAUAUCUAUUUUUUCUCGAUUUUAUUCUUAUUCGUAUUAUUCAUCAUUUGUUUUAUUUGUUUUAUUUAUCAUUUGUUUUAGGAAUGUUUAUGUUUUGUUGUAUUAUGCUUCUAAAACUGUAUUAGAUUUUGUUUUUCUACUACUACUGCUACUGAUACUACUACCCUUCUUUUAAGCCGUUAUUUUUAGUGUGUUUUAUCUACUACUACGACUACUACUACUACUAAUUUUGUCAUUUUUAGUAUUCCAGUAUAUUUUACAUCUACUGCAACACAACUUUGUAAAAAAAAAAAUAGCAUAUUGUUUAUUUAAUAUUUUUCAUUACUUUAAAAAAAAUGCAGGUCAAGGUUAUAUUAUGUCAGUUUAGUCGUAGUGGUAACAGUUAAUAUUUUGUUCCAUUGUUACUCUGAGUGAUGGUAACGCACUGCACCACCCCCCCUGUAAGCCUGCCACCACCAUAUUGCAGAUAUAGUGUUAGAAAAUGUUUGUGGCAGUGAGGCAGGCGAGGAUACACGGACAUUGCAAGUUAGUAACACCCUCCCACUCGUUCACUUGUUUUGUGUUGAGUCCCGCAUGAAACCUUCCUUCCUCCCUCUCUGUUUGACCAGCCAGCCAGUGAAUGAGUGGUUAUAGUUGUAAUAGUAGCAGUUAUAGUUCUUGUUGUAGCAGAAGGAAGAGGAAUGAAGCUGGUAAAGAAAGGAAGGAGAAAGGAGGCAUAAGAAAUAAAAGAAAUGGAGAGGAAAUAAAGCAAGGAAGACAAAUAAAAGGAUAGAAAUAGAGGAAAGGAUUAAGGAAGGGAGAAGAAAGGAGAAAGGCAAGAAAAUGGAAUAGAAACGAGAAAAAGAUGAAAGAAAUGGGAAUGAUCAAGGAAGGAAGGAAAAAGGGGGAGAAAAGGAAAAUCAUUAAGAAAGGAAGGAAGGAGAAAGUUUACUGCACGUCUCAACACAAGACCAACCAGGGAGAGCGCAUUAGUCUAGCAGUGUUACCAUGUCCCCGUGUCCUCACCUGCUUCAGUUACUGCCACACACUUCACGAGUCUAAUUAAGUGAAAAUUAUUUAACUCUAAAAUGUUCACUGUAGUUUAUAUCCUUGGAAAAAAAAAAAGUUGGGAUUGGCAUAAAUUAUUGUUACGUAAGUUUUGCUUGUUAUCUAAAUAUUUGCUAUACCUUAAGAAUACUUGCGGAUUUAGUCAUUUCACUUAACUAAAAUGAAAAAAAAAAUAUAAGUGCAUAAAAAAGUUUAAAUUCCACCUGUCCUCCAGCUUACAGUUUCCCUACCCCCAAAAAAAUAAAUAAAUAAAUGAAUGAAAAGUAAAUAAAUCCCCCUACAUAAAAACAAACAAACAAACAGCACCAUAUUUACAUCCCACUAUAAAAUAUACCAGAAUUUAUUCCUACGCCUUUUAUAUCUAUUCAUUCAUUUAUUUUAUUUAUUUAUUUAAUUUAUUUAUUUAUUUACAGUGUUUUGAGUGUAUCGGAGAGUAAUCCAAUGCCAUGUCUAUACAAUCCCCAAAGCACUAAACUACGUAAACUAAACAUUUAAUCUCCCUUGAAACACACACACACACACACACAAUGUCAUAAAAACAAUGCAAUCAGUUAAUAAGAAACACUCGUAUUUUGGAGAGUUUUACAAGGGUGUGUUUAUGUCUUGCAAAUAAACUUAUAAUUAAGAUGUGAACUUUUCCUCCAGCACAAGUGAAUCUAUAUAGAAAGUGUUAAGUGGCCUCUCUCUCUCUCUCUCUCUCUCUCUCUCUCUCUCUCUCUCUCUCUCUCUCAUCUUCCUUAUACUGCAUUUAUAAUUUCUUUCUCUUCCUAACAAUUCAUUCCAUCUCUUCUUCCUUCACUCUUUUUUUUUUUUAUUAUCAAUCAACAAUUUAAUUAUCUCAUUCAUUUGGUUCAAUCUUUUCUUCCAUGCUCUUCAUCACCCCUUCUCCUCCUCCUCCCUUUCUUCCAUGCCUUUCAUUAUCACUUCUUCCCUUCCUCCCUUUCUUCCACGCCCUUCAUCAUCACUUCUCCUCCUCCUCCUUCCUUUCUUCUAUAUGUCCUUCAUCAUCACUUCUUCCAUUCUUCCACGCCCUUCGCCACCUCUUCAUCCUCCUCCUCUUUCACCUUUAGACUCGCAUAGACAAAACAGGUGUAGUGAAGGCAGGUGUGUUAUUGGGGGCACGUCUGGACACUCAUGGCAGAGAGAGCAAAGACAUAUAUAUUUAUUAAGAGAAAAAAGUGAAAAUAUCUUGAGAUGAUAACAAAUAACAAAUGAAAAAGGGAAGCCCCGUUACAGAGGCAAAUCUUCCUGAUAUUCACCAGAUUGUAUUUGAAUUUCUGAGUGAUAUUAAAUUUCCCAUUUCUUUUUUGUCAAACUUUUAUACACAUGCAAACCUGUGGAUCUUGGUCAAUGAUCCUUGGUCUUGGUCUGGGCGGCGCGCCUCAGGGAGUCAAGGUUGGCCACAUCUCUCAGCCAGCAGGACUCCAAACAAACGAGGCAGGCGAGGAGGGCAGUGCUUGGGCAUUUGUGGAGAGACGCUGAUUGGUGAAGACGUGCCGCUCCUCAUCUUCUGUCUUGUUGCUGCUGCGGUGGGUGUUGCAGGACGCCCAUCACACCCCAAGACUGCAGUAGUGGUGUUGACCCGUGCAGCCAGGGUUUGGACGGCAAGCACCAGCCAGUGCCAUAAGACAAGGACAGUGAACAACCGAUUGCUGCCGCCACCUGCACCCCAUGAAGACAAUGGCCUGCUCUUCCGCUGCUUCUAAGAGGGCCCGCUCUCCGUCGCCGCCUGCAGACCAAGCCAGCGCCCAGGCCACCAUCUUGCUUGUCACCGAAGACUGUCUGGCCCCACCAAGGGUCCCUGCAGGACUGGAUACUGUGUGUGCUGACGGGAGUGGUGCUGUGGUGGAGGCCGUGAGACCGGGCAGCAGCAUGAGUGGCUGGUGGCAGCAGCAGCAGCAGCACAGAGGAGAGAGCACAUUUGAGUGCCAGCAGUGUCCCAGAAGUUUUAAAUCAGAAAGUGGCUUUAAGUACCACACCCUGACACACACUACUGGAAAUUAUGAUUGUGAUGAGUGUGGGAGGAAAUUUAGUGAUAGGUCUUCUCUUGUCAAACACAUACCGAUACACCCUGGUUUUAGAAAUCAUGAAUGUUUAGAAUGUGGAAAGAAAUUUACCUUAAAGUCUGACCUCACCACACACAGCCUGAGACACCGUGGCAUUAGGAAGUAUGAGUGUGGUGAAUGUGGGAGAAAAUAUAUUGACAGGUUUUCUCUCAUUAAACACACCCUGACACACAAUGAUGAUAGGAAUUAUGAGUGUGUUAAUUGUGGGAAGGAAUUUAGUGACAGUUCUUCCCUUGUUAAACACAUCCCAACACACAAUGGCUUUAGAAAUCAUGAAUGUUUGGAAUGUGAAAAGAAAUCUAUCCUAGGGUCUGACCUCAACACACACAGCCAUUGUGAUGGAGAUUGUGAGAGUGGUGAGUGUGGAAGGAAAUUUAUCCAAAAGUCCUCUCACACCACACACAUCCUGACACACAGUGGUGAUAGGAAUUAUGAGUGUGGGAAGAAAUUUGCCCAAAAGCCAUCUCUCACCUCACACACCCUGACACACAGUGAAGAUAGGAAUUAUGAGUGUGCUACAUGUGGGAAGAAAUUUAAUGACACUUCCUCUCUCAUCAAACACACCCUGACACACAGUGGUUUUGGAAAUUAUGAGUGUGAUGAGUGUGGGAUGAAAUUUACUCUGCAGUCACACCUCACUAGUCACACCCUGACACACAGUGGUAUUUGGAAUUAUGAAUGUGAUGAGUGUGGAAUGAAAUUUAGCGACAGGUCUUCCCUCGUCAAGCACAUCCUGACACACAGUGGUGUUAGAAAUCAUGAAUGUUUAGAUUGUGGAAAGAAAUUUACCUUAAAGUCUGACCUCACCACACACAGCCAGACACACAGCAGUAAUAGGAAGUAUAAGUGUGAUGAGUGUGGGAGAAAAUUUACCCACAAGUCUAACUUCACUACACACAUCCUGACACACAGUGGUUUUAGGAAGUAUAAGUGUGAUGAGUGUGGGAAGAAAUUUAGCCAAAAGUGUAACCUUGCCACACACAUCCAGGCACACAGUGCUGUUAGGGAUUAUGAGUGUGAUGAGUGUGGCAAAAGAUUUCCUACCAUUUAUAAGCUUGAUAGACAUGCCUUCAGACACACUGAGGUGAGGAAGUUCAAGUGUGAUGAUUGUGGCAAGUGUUUCAAGACAAAGAGUGACAUUGCCAAGCACGUUAAGAUCCACCUUUGAGGUGGUGUGUUGUGUGGACGAGUGGGGCCACACCUGUGUCAGUUGUGGUGGUGGUCAGUGUGUAAAGUCUGUGGUGGUGGGCAGUGUGUAAAGUCUGUGAUGGCAGCCGUGCCCAUCCAUGUGCUGUGAGGUAGUAAUAGUCCCAGCAGCUUUGUUGGCACAGUAUGUGUCUUUCAAUAAAUGUGUUUAUAUAGAUC